AUGAUCUUUCUCAUUAUUUUCGCACUCCUGACUCUGUUGGCGUCCAGCGGGGUCUCUUCAUUUCCGUUCACAGAUCAUGGGGAUAAGUCCGAACAAGUCUAUGCAAGCACUCUUUAUCAGUUCCAGACUGGCACUCGAAUCGAGAAUAUCGCGGUGCGUAGCAACGGAAAACUGCUUACUACUUUAUCCGACCGGCCUGGACUGUACGAAGUUGACCUCCUCAAACCGGCGUCUCCAAAACUUAUCCAUCAUUUUACUGGCUACUCUGGACUUGGUGGUGUCUCGCAGGCAUCAUUUCAAACGUCAUCUUGGUAG